AAAGGUGUGUUGUCCGCAGACGCACAACACCACACCUCCCUGCUCACUGACAGCGAUGGAAACCUCUUCAGUCCUCCUCGUGUGCAUUCUGGCGGCGUGUUCAGUCUGGGCUGUACACGGCAGAAGCUUUGAGGUCAACAUCGAUGAUCAGAAGCAGGUGGAGGUUGAAAUCUCUGUGAAUGGAAAGCUUCCAGGUCUUUGCUGGGCGUGCGAGUGGGCUUUAAAGAAGGUGAAGAAAGCCAUUGGACGUAAUGCCACAGCAGAGACCGUGACAACAAAGUUGAAGUCCAUUUGCAGGGAAAUGGGUUACUUAAAGUCCCUCUGCAAAGGAUUUGUGACGAAACACCUCGGAGAACUAAUUGAAGAGUUCACUACCACGGAUGACGUGAGGACGAUUUGUGUCAAUACCAGAGCCUGCAAGCCAAAGGAGUUUGCGGACAUUCUCUUUUAUCAAAAGGAGGACGAGUCAUCAAGUGAAAUGAACGUCUAUCGCUGAUGUCGUAUGCACGAACAACAAUCACUUAUUUUUGCUUUAUUGAUACUCACUUUACUUUAUUGAAACUGCAUCAAAAAUAUAUAAUCAAGAAUCUUUUCCAGCUCUCUUUCUUUCUACUCUGCAAUGUCUGUAACGUUUUUAUUUCUGUGGAAAGAAGUUAUCAAUAAAUGUUUGCAUUUCAAAUUUUCAA